AAUUUUUAGGCUAGGUUGACCGCUAGGGUUCCAUUCGGGAUUCGGCCGUUCCUAAAUCCCAAUUUCCCAUUUCCCUCUUCCCUCUUCCCUCUUCGGCUCUUCCCUUCCCAAGUUCGCAGUUCGCAAGUCGCAACUUCACUGGCAGCCGGCAUUCCCUGACUCCAAGUCCCAGUUCCCUUCAGCGUCACCCUCCCUUCCCAGUUCCCAGUUCCCUUCCCACGUCGCCGUUCGCACACAGUUGGCGACGGCGAGUUCGAACCUCCUGUUCCAGAUCGGCAGAUCCAGUCUUCCCCUUCGGACUUCGGCUUCCACCUUCCCAACUUCGCAGCUCGCACUCUCGCAGACUCGCAGUACUCCUUCGGACCUUCCGCCCUUCAGGGAUCGGAGCUCCAAACAAUGACGGGGAAAAGUUCGUCAAAGAUGCUUACUCCCCCGCAAGAGUAUCCUCCUGUGGAACAAGAAAAACUCUCCCUCACACCCAAAAAGCCUCGUAAUGAGAUUGAAGAGAUCUUCUCAAGUGGGAAGAGGAAGAAAGCUGAACGAGGAAAGGAUCAAAAGCUUGUGGAAGAUGCGAGUAAGAAACCAAAAAAGAUGAAGAAGAAAAUGAAGAGUAAAGGGGUUAAAGAUCAAGGGCUUUCGGACCCACCUUCUCGGCCUAGGAAGAGAACUGGGGACGGGCUUGCUGUUUACACAGAAGAGGAACUAGGUAUUGGAAAGGCAGAUGCUGGAGGUACCCCACUUUGUCCUUUUGAUUGUUCUUGUUGCUUUUGAUCGCACUGAUUUCCUUGCUCGUAGAGAAGUUUUGUGAGUUUUAGGGAAGAUUUGAUUUGAAUUUUUUUUUUUUUUUUUCUUUUUUGGCAAUUUUAGUUCAUUUUGGGCUGUAUGAGAGCCUUCAUACUUCAUAUGUACACCCAGAAUAUAAAUAUGAAGUCUGAUCUUGAUUAAUA